GUUCUUUGACCUUGCAUGGGUUCAUCUGGUUGUAAGGGAGGGAGUUCGAUGCCGAUGUUCGGGGACGAUUCGCUUGUAUUCUUACAACUACCCAGCACACAACAACGUAUGCAAUUGCUCUAAUCAAUUUUUACAGUAACUAUAUACUACUUUUUCCAAGAUAAGUAUAAAGUAUUUUAAUCAUAUUGAUCAAUAUCAUCCCUGACAAUUACAAUGACGACACUGAUGCUUCUGGUCGCAGUAGUUGUUUGCUGUUUUCUCUACUUGGGGCUGAUCCUCUGGAAGGCAAACACCUACUGGGAAGUGAGGGGUGUAAAGCACUUCAAGCCAUGGCCAUUAGUUGGCAAUCUGGCCAGGGCACUGAAAUUUAAUCGUCAUGUGUCAUUCUUUUAUGAUGAGAUAUACAAGGCAUUUCCAACUGAAAGAAUGGUGGGAAUGUACGAAUUCCUUACCCCGACAUUGAUCAUAAGGGAUCCAACAUUGGUGGAAAAUGUCCUCGUGAGGGAGUUUUCUACUUACCCUGAUCAUGGACCAUUGUUCUUCGAACCGAGUAGUAUCAGCUAUGAGAGCAUCUUUACAAUAACUGGCAUCAGGUGGAGAGCACUAAGGAAUAAACUGCUAACGUCUUUCUCGACUGGGAAAAUGAAAGCUAUAUUUCCUGACAUCGUCCGAUCCUGUCAAAGUGUCGUAGACAGUGAUCCGAAAAGGUUGCACAAAGAUAUGCUCCAUGAGUUCGCGGUGAAGAGUUUCUUGAACUCCAUGUUCGGAACUAACAUCCUACCGGAAGGCGAAGAGGAACUAAUGGCAAAAAGCAAAGAAGUAUUCCAAGGCAAGCCGCAGAGAAUCAUUCAGCAAAUAAUGCUAACAUUCUUUCCGAAACUAGGGGACUUCUUGAACAUGAAAUUCAUGCCAAAAACAUUAGACAACUACUUCAGAAACCUACUGAAUACACUUGUUGAGCAGAGAGCAUCGGCGAACAUUAAGAGAGACGACUACGCAAAAGUUCUAUGCGAUAUGAAUAAAAUGGGUAAAAUGGACGUAUACAAUAGGGAAAAUAAAAGAAUAGACGAAACCUUUGACGUAACUAAUGACUUAGUCCUUGCACAAGCAUUCAUGUUCUUCUUUGCUGGCUUGGACACUACUGUUCUCGUUAUGCUACAUACUGCACUUGAAUUAUCUCUGGCGAAAAGCUGUCAAGAAAAAGCUCGCCAAGAGGUCAGAAGUGUGCUGAAGAAAUACGGGGGAUAUUCUUGGGAAGCUGUGAGAGAUAUGAAGUAUUUAGAUCAAUGUAUACAAGAAACUUUAAGGAUGCAUCCAUCACUUCAAUUUAUCGUCAGAAUGAGUGACAAAGACACCGUAAUAGACGGAGUAAAAAUAAAAAAAAACACAAGAAUCAUCAUACCCUUGCAUUCAAUACAAAUGGACCCAAAUCAUUUUCCUAACCCUCAUAUUUUUGACCCAGAAAGAUUUAGCGUUCCGCUAAGUUCAAAGUUCACUCACCUGCCGUUUUCAGAAGGACCUCGUGUAUGUCUAGGAAAGAGAUUUGCAACAUUGGAGACUGCAACAAUCAUCGCACAUAUUCUUGAUAACUUUGAACUUCAUCCAAGUCCGGAAUUGAAGUUUCCACUGAAGUAUGAACCAAAUGCUUUAUUCCACUCACCUAUCUCCAAUGACGAAAUUUCUAUUAUUUUGAAGAGGAUAAUGUAAAAAAUCUAUUUUUAAAUUCAUUUCUUCACUUCAAGUUUCAUAUUGAUUUUUCAACAGUGUAAAUAAUAAAAUAAAAUAGGGAAAAGUGUUUAGAAAUUAAAUAUAUUAAGUAUUAUAACUGUACAAAUUAUAACUAUGAAACAAUAAACUAACUUUUAU